AUGGAUUUAAAGAAACUCAAUCUUGAAAAUCCAGUACUGGUGGCACAUAAAGGCUUCAAUCUGAUAAAUGGGAUUCAUGAUCCUGCUGAUGUGGAUCAGAUUUACCACCUGGACAUCAGAGACACAGAUGUGUUUGAGGUCACAUACCCAAAAUCAGGGAGCAUCUGGAUGCAGCAGAUCCUGGUGCUCCUGGAGGCUAAAGGAGAUGUGACCGCCAUCAGUGAGACCAGUCAAUGCAAUAUUGAGCUUAUCCCUUGGAUUGAGGUGAUUGGGAACAGGCUGCCAUUUAUCAGUGCUCCCUCACCCAGGCUGAGAGUCACCCACCUACUGCAUCACUUCAUGCCUCCAGCUCUGAACCACAAGAAGGGCAAGGUGAUCUACGUGGCAAGAAAUCCCAAAGAUGUUCUUGUGUCCUUCUUCUACUUUCAUACUUAUGCAAACAUUUUGGAAACACCAAAGAAUUUUGAUGACUUUUUUGAGAAAUUCUUGAGAGGAAAAGUUUUUGGAGGUAGCUGGUUUGAGCACAUUAAAUCCUGGUACUCACACAAGGAUGAAAUGAACAUACUGUUCAUCACUUAUGAAGAAAUGAUUCAGGACCUUCUGUCUGCAGUCAGGAGGAUCUCCUUGUUCCUGAACAAAAAGCUGACUGAUGACCAACUUGCCAAUGUGGUGAAGCAUAGCACAUUCACCAACAUGAGGAACAAUUCUCAGGCCAACUACGAGCAGGUCUCAAUUAGUGCCCUGUUCAGCUGCCACCUGGGAACAUUCAUGAGGAAAGGCACCAUUGGAGACUGGAAGAAUCACUUUACUGUGGCCCAGAAUGAGAGGUUUGAUGAAGUCUUCCAUAGAGAGAUGAAAGAUUUUCCACUUAAGUUUGUCUGGGACAUCAAAGACUUUCAGUAA